AUGGAGCAACAGUCGAACAGGUCGCAUCGGCCUGCAAAGGAGAAGAAGAAAUAUGAAGGUGCCAAUCCAAAGGCCUUUGUCACAUCCAGGCCCGGAAAGCUCAACAAGCAGGCGGCGCGAUCGCACGACGUCAAGGAAAAGAGACUCCAUGUCCCCCUUGUGGAUCGCAUGCCCGAGGAGGCGCCUCCCACUAUCGUCGCGAUCGUUGGACCCCCGGGAGUUGGCAAGACCACGCUUCUCAAAUCUCUAAUCCGUCGCUACACCAAGCAAACCCUCAGCUCGCCGCAAGGCCCGUUGACCGUUGUUACGACCAAGCGCAAGCGUCUCACUUUCCUCGAAUGCCCGUCCGACUCUCUCGCAGCCGCCAUCGAUGUCUCGAAGAUUGCAGACAUUGUGCUGCUCAUGAUUGACGGAAACUUUGGAUUCGAGAUGGAGACUAUGGAGUUCUUGAACGCCUUGUCAACCGCCGGUAUGCCAGGCAACGUCUUCGGUAUCCUUACUCAUCUUGAUCAGUUCAAGAAGCAGAGCACCCUGAAGGACGCAAAGAAGCGCCUCAAGCACCGUUUCUGGAGCGAGCUCUACUCCGGCGCCAAGCUGUUCUACUUAUCUGGAGUUAUCAACGGCCGUUACCCCGAUCGUGAAGUGCACAAUCUGUCCCGGUUCUUGUCGGUCAUGAAGAACCCUCGUCCGCUCGUCUGGCGCAACUCCCACCCUUACUCCCUCGCCGAUCGCUUCUUGGAUAUCACCCCACCUACUCAGAUUGAGGAGAACCCGAAGUGUGACCGCACAGUUGCUCUCUACGGUUACCUUCGUGGUACCAAUUUCCCAGCGCAUGGUGCUCGAGUCCAUGUACCCGGUGUUGGUGAUUUGACUGUCGCUGGCAUUGAGGGCUUGCCUGAUCCAUGCCCAACCCCCUUUAUGGACCAGCAGAUUGCUAAGGCGACAGGAAAGUCAAAAGCCCGCAAGCUGGGUGAGAAGUCAAAGCUGCUUUUCGCUCCGAUGUCCGAUGUUGGUGGAGUCUUGGUUGACAAAGAUGCCGUCUACAUCGAUGUCAAGACCAAUACUUUUGACCGUGAUUCGGAUGAAGACUCAGAAGACGAGGACCGCCGCGGUCUUGGUGAGCAGCUUGUUGUGAACCUCCAGGGUGAGCGCAAGAUGCUUGGUGAGGGUGAUCAGGGUGUCCGUCUGUUCCGUGGUGGCGAGGCUAUCGCUCAGGCGGAUGAUGAUGAGACAGGUCGGAAGGGUCAACGCCGCGCGCGCAUUGCCGAAACCGAACAAGAUGAUCAAGAACUCGACGAAGGUGAUGUUUCCGAGAGCGAGGAAGGUCAAGAUUUCGACGAGGACAUGAGCGAUGAUGAUGAUGAAGGCGAACUCGACAUGUCAGCACCGGAUGACUUUGAGGCUCGCUUCAAGGCCAAGCAAAACGGAAAGACCGGAAAGGCUGGCGAAGAGGAAGAUUUGGCAUUUGCUGACAGUGAUUCCGAUCUUGGCUCCAUCUCUUCCGUCGAAGACCAGGAACUCGAGAGCGGCGAUGAAGAUGAAGACGAGGAGGACGAAAAUGAGGAGGAUGAAGACGACGAAGAGGAUGAGGAGGGCAAUGUGCGAUGGAAGGACAACAUGCUUGCCAAUGCCAAAGCUCUUCACGGAAAACGCCCCCCAUUCCGAGUCACUGACCUGUCGAGAAUGAUGUACGACACUUCAAUUACCCCGGUCGAUGUCGUAAAGACGUGGCGUGGUGAGGACUCUGACGACGAGGAAGAGGAAGAUGGAACCGCCGACGACGAGGGUGAUGAAUUCUUCAAGAAGACAAACAAUGAGAAGAAAGACCAAGCCGACUUCCGUGCCGUCCCCGAGUACGACUACGACGAGCUGGAGCGCAAGUGGCGGGAUGAGGAAUUGCUUGAAUCUAUCAGAUCUCGCUUCGUCACUGGUAAGCUGGGCGGAGGCGGCUCAGAUGAUGAGGACAUGGACGACGAUCUCGACGAGGAUGACGAGGAUGAGGGUGAUGGUGACUACGAGGACUUGGAAUCUGGCGAAGUCUUUAACGGCAUCAAGGAUGACGAUGACGAAGACGACGAAGAUGAUGAAGAGAAGGGCGACGAUGAGCCCAAUGAGCCAGAGGAUCUUGAAGCCGAACGUGAGCGAAAUGCCAAGAAGAAGGAAGAGCUCAAGCUUCGCUUUGAAGAAGAAGAUCGGGAAGGAUUUGGAAACGCGAAGGACGGGACGCGUGAUGGCCUAGAAGGCGAGUUUGGCGAAGACGACUGGUAUGAUUUGCAGAAGGCGAAGAUGCAAAAGCAGACUGAUAUCAACCGUGCCGAAUUCGAGAACCUCGACCCUGCCUCGCGCGCUCGUGCUGAAGGUUACAAGGCCGGUACAUACGCUCGGAUCGUCCUCGAGAACGUCCCCUACGAGUUCGUCUCCAAGUUCAACCCUCGCUUCCCUGUCAUCGUUGGUGGUCUCUCUCCCACUGAGGAUCGCUUCGGCUACGUGCGGAUUCGUAUCAAGAGACACCGUUGGCACAAGAAGAUCCUCAAGAGCAACGACCCGUUGAUCUUCUCGCUUGGUUGGCGACGCUUCCAGACCAUGCCUAUCUACUGUACCACGGACAGUCGGACAAGAAACCGUAUGCUCAAGUACACCCCUGAGCAUAUGCAUUGUUUCGCUACCUUCUACGGCCCUCUUGUCGCGCCCAACACUGGUUUCUGUUGCGUGAACUCGUUCUCGAACAAAAACCCCGGUUUCCGUAUUGCUGCGACCGGUGUUGUUGAGAGUGUCGAUGAGCACACCGAGAUUGUCAAGAAGCUCAAGCUCACUGGUCACCCUUACAAGAUCUUCAAGAACACCGCUUUCAUCAAGGACAUGUUCAACUCUUCCCUCGAAAUUGCCAAGUUCGAGGGUGCAUCCAUCAAGACAGUCUCUGGUAUUCGCGGUCAGAUCAAGCGUGCCCUUGCCAAGCCUGAGGGUUGCUUCCGUGCUACCUUCGAGGACAAGAUCUUGAUGAGUGAUAUUGUCUUCCUGCGUGCCUGGUACCCCAUCAAGCCUCACCGCUUCUACAACCCCGUGACCAACCUGCUCGACCAGGUUGAGGGUCAGAAGGGCGACAAUGGAUGGCAGGGUAUGCGUUUGACCGGUGAGGUCCGCCACGCCCAGGGAAUUCCCACACCCCAACUCAAGGACUCUGCCUAUCGCCCCGUCGAGCGUCAAGCCCGUCACUUCAACCCCCUCCGCGUGCCCAAGCAGCUGGCCGCCGAGCUGCCCUUCAAGUCUCAGAUCACCAAGAUGAAGCCCCGCAAGGACCAGACAUACAUGCAGAAGCGAGCCGUUGUCCUGGGAGGCGAGGAGAAGAAGGCCCGCGAUCUCAUGCAGAAGCUCACCACCAUGCGCAAUGAGAAGCAAGCCAAGCGUUCUGCCAAGCAGGAAGAGCGCCGCAAGGUCUACCGUGCUAAGGUGGCUGAAGGCCUGGAGAAGAAGGCUGAGCGUGAGAAGAGAGAGCGCAAUGAUUACUGGCGCAAGGAGGGCAAGAAGCGUAAGAACACCGAUGAAGAGGGUGGUGGUGGCCGCGGCAAGAAGCGUAAGUGA